AUGGCCACCUUCUCUAACUCCAUCCUCCUCCUCCUCCUCAUCCUCUUCUCCUCCGGCACCGGAAAGCUCACUGGCGAGCCCACCGGCACAAAGAAAACACGUCUCCACUUCUUCUCCCACGACACCAUCCACCAUCUCUCUUCUCCGGCGACCACCAUCAUCCAACCACUCAUCACCAUGCAACCAACAACAAACACAGAGAAUUCGCUCUUCGGAAACAUAGCCGUCGUCGAUGACCCUCUCACCGACGGCCCAGACCCAACAUCAAAGAUGAUCGGAAGAGCUCAAGGAAUGUCCAUAUUCUCUCUCCAGCAACGCCGAUGA